UGCCGCCUCGGCUGGGCCGCCUGGCGGGGGCUGGCGCGGGGACCCGUUAGCGCGGCGGGAAGCGGGCGGCCCCGCCGCCGCCCCGCGCCAUGGCCAAGCGCCUGAGGAGCAGCGAGGUCUGCGCCGACUGCAGCGCCCCGGAUCCCUGUUGGGCGUCUAUAAACCGUGGGAUCCUGAUCUGUGACGAGUGCUGCAGCGUCCACCGGAGCCUGGGCCGUCACAUCUCUCAAGUGAGACAUCUCAAGCACACACCAUGGCCUCCAACACUGCUGCAGAUGGUUGAAACUCUGUACAAUAAUGGUGCUAACUCUAUAUGGGAACAUUCCUUGCUGGACCCUGCCUCUGUUAUGAGUGGAAGGCGCAAGGCGAGCCCACAGGAUAAAGUGCACCCCAAUAAGGCAGAAUUCAUUAGAGCUAAAUACCAGAUGUUGGCGUUUGUGCAUCGCCUGCCGUGCCGUGAGGAUGACAGUGUUACUGCCAAAGACCUCAGCAAGCAACUCCAUUCCAGUGUCAGGACGGGGAACCUGGAGACCUGCCUGCGGCUGCUCUCCUUGGGAGCUCAGGCCAACUUCUUCCAUCCCGAGAAAGGGAACACCCCACUCCACGUUGCUGCCAAGGCGGGACAGACUUUACAGGCGGAAUUACUGGCGGUUUAUGGUGCAGAUCCUGGCACGCAGGAUUCCAAUGGGAAAACUCCAGUUGACUAUGCAAGACAAGGUGGGCACCAUGAGCUGGCAGAGCGCCUGGUGGAAAUUCAGUAUGAACUCACAGACAGGCUGGCUUUCUAUCUCUGUGGCAGGAAACCAGAGCAUAAGAAUGGGCAGCACUUUGUUAUACCUCAGAUGGCAGACAGCAGUCUAGAUAUAUCAGAACUUGCAAAAGCAGCUAAGAAGAAGCUUCAGUCUCUGAGCAACCACUUGUUUGAAGAACUUGCCAUGGAUGUUUAUGAUGAAGUUGACAGAAGGGAAACAGAUGCAGUUUGGCUUGCUACUCAGAAUCACAGCACACUGGUGACAGAGACCACAGUGGUCCCUUUUCUUCCUGUAAAUCCUGAAUAUUCCUCAACCAGGAAUCAGGGAAGGCAGAAACUGGCUCGAUUUAAUGCCCAUGAGUUCGCUACGCUCGUUAUAGACAUUUUAAGUGAUGCCAAACGAAGACAACAGGGGAAUCCUCUUGCUGGCUCAAAAGAAAAUGUGGAACUGAUACUCAAAUCAAUCAGCAAUCAACAUAGUAGUGAAAGUCAGGAUAAUGACCAGCCUGAUUAUGAUAGUGUUGCUUCAGAUGAAGAUACAGAUCUGGAAGCAAUUGCAGCUAAAUCAAACAGACAGAAGAGCCUGGAUUCAGACUUGUCAGAUGGACCAGUGACAGCCCAAGAAUAUAUGCAAGUUAAAAAUGCCCUGGUGGCUUCUGAGGUAAAGAUCCAGCAGUUAAUGAAGGUGAACGUCAACCUGAGCGACGAGCUGAGGAUCAUGCAGAAAAAGCUUCAAACGCUGCAGAGUGAAAAUACCAACCUCAGAAGACAGGCCACAACCAAUCUGUAUCAGGUCCAAAGUGGUUCUGAAUACACAGACCCUGCCAACAAUUCUUCUUUAAAGCGGCGACCAUCUGCACGGGGUAGCAGACCCAUGUCCAUGUAUGAGACUGGAUCAGGGCAGAAGCCCUACCUCCCCCUGGGAGAGGUCACAUAUCCAGAAGAAAGCAUAACCAGGCUGCAGCCUUUCCCUGCACAUAUCGGGAGGAGUGCGUUUGUGACCUCCUCUUCAUCUCUACCUUCCUUCCCCUCCACGCUUUCCUGGUCAAGGGAUGAAAGCACACGAAGGGCCUCGAAGCUGGAGAAGCAGAGCAGCGUGUCCGAGAGUGACUACGAUAACCCCACCACCCCCCUGGAGCUGGAGGAGACGGGGUCAGGCAGGAAGGGCAGGCAGAGGAGUGUCAUUUGGCAGGGGGAGGGAUCCAUCCCUGAAGAUGGUGACACAGCCCCCAGCUCCAGUUUGCCCAGUACGGAAGACGUCAUCCGGAAAACUGAGCAGAUCACCAAGAACAUUCAGGAGCUGCUGCGAGCAGCACAAGAGAACAAGCAUGACAGAGCGUUAGGGCCUGCGGGCUCGCUGGGGCUCGGGCACAGCCUGGGCUGCUUCAGCACGAUGGCUCCCCUGCAGCCUCUGACCGUCCAGCAGCCUGGCCCUGCCUCCUGCUAUAUACCAUGCUCCGAGAGAAUCCAUGUGGCUGUAACGGAAAUGGCAGCGCUGUUCCCAAAAAAACCCAAAUCUGAACUGGUCAGGACUUCUUUGCGCCUGCUGACCUCUAGUGCCUACAGACUCCAGUCCGAGUGCACAAAAGCCCUUCCCGUGGAGACCUGCCCCACCACAGACAUCCAGCUGGUCACCCAGCAGGUCAUCCAGUGCGCCUACGACAUCGCCAAGGCUGCCAAGCAGCUGGUCACCAUCACCACCAAAGAGAACAACAACUGAGUCACACUCGGCUUUUUAGUCUUGUUUUUUUGAAGGUUGGAUUUCAAAUAAAGGUGUGGAACUGUUCAAAUUUUUAUGAGAAAAACUAAAGGGGCAAGAAACUUUUUUUUUUAACUCAGUAUUAUUUUUGCAUGUUUUCUAACAACUUUAUGAUUAAUUUAACCCACUGCCUUAUUUUGUGCCUGUGUUGCCAGUGUAGUUACAGAUAAUAGCAUGUUGCAAAUAGCUGUCGAGCCAGUAUCCAGCUCUUGCUGGAUGUUUCCCUGGGGCCACCUUCUGCUUUCAGAUUUUGCUUGCAAACCUGCCCCUGAAGCCAGCAGCAGGGAGCAGAGGGCAGGGUCUGGCCUCUGCUCUCCCUGUCCUGGAGCCUCACGUGCUGUGAUGCUGCUGGCUGGGAAACCUCCAGCAAAAGAGGCUCCCAGGGCUCCGGGACCAGAACUGCUCCCCAGCAGGAGGAAGGCUGUGAUCCCAAGAACGGGGUACACACCCAGUGUUAUCUGUUCCCAUAUCAACUGUUGUGCAAUACUAUGUUUUUAGUCUGCUAAAACAAUAGUAGUUGUGGACAUCCCAGCUUAUUACAUGUAACUAUACAAGGUCUUUGUCACUUUAUCCAUUUUGGAAGGAAUUUGAAUCUUAAUAGUUACUUCUUUUAGUUGUCACUAUGCCAUUAAUAUAUAUGUUUGAUGUUACUUUAGGGCAUUAGUGGUUAAAAUAUUAUCCUUUGUUUCUGAUUUAAUAAUUCAUUCUUAAGUUUCCUGCAGAAUUUUACUGUCACCUCCAAGGCACCAUCUUGUUUGCAGCAGCUCAGAACCAUCUUGUUUGCAGCUCAGAAACUCAAGAUGCAAUUUCACUCAAGAUUUCUGUGAUAAUUAAAACAAACAAAAAAGGAAGUUAGAAGAGUGCCAGUGCAACUGCAGCUGUGUCUGCCAUAGCACAUAACCUCUGUACCUCAACAUAUCCAAAUGUGAAAUGAUUUCUGAUCUCUAGUAAGUUUUCUGCAAAUCUUUCAAAGUUUUGUAAGUUCCAUAGGGAGUAACCCAUGCCAGGCUGCCUGUCAGAAGGUGGGUGGGUGACAAAUGUCUGUCUGUGUUUCAGUUUUUGUCAUUCAUAACAGUUCACAAAACUUCUGAAAAUGUGUCAGUCCAUAGUUUCAAAAAUGAGAGGGUUGGGAGAGUCUAAAUUCUGUGGACGUAAAAAAAAAAAAAAAUCCCUGAUUUUUGCCUCUGCCUGGGUCCCAUCUGGCAUGUUGUCAUUUUGAAGGAGCUGGCUGUGGUGUUUAAUGUGUCAUUAAGGGCAAGGGUUGUCACUGCAGAGCCUGUCACCAGGCACCAGCUGAUGGGAACGUGGAGACAGUUUUCACAGAAACCCCUGAGUCAGGAAUGAUGAUCUGUUCUUCCACAGCAGGGCUGCAGCAUGUGGGCUGCCCAAACCACGAACUCUUCAAGGCUUUCUGGUGAAAAUCUGCCAUAUUUAGGUGAACAAAAAAAGAACUAGAGUUCAGUGGCUGGUUCAUUUUCAAAUCAGAGUGUUUGUCUGUAUAUAUGAACACCAAGUGCCAUAAUGUUGGAUUCUUGUAGGUUGUCAUUAGAUCCCUUUUUAAAGCAGUGCAAGGUUGAAGGAGUAGAUGACAACCCAGUAUGUUAAAUUAAUGUUCUUCAGUGUGUUGGUUUUUUUUUUAUUUCCUUUCUGCUCUUCUGACUUCCAGCACUGUCUCCAGGCUCACAAGAAUGCAGGCAGGCUGGGAUUAGAACUGCAAAGGACUUUUGUAAAACCUACUUGAGAAUUAUACUAGAACAGAGAACUGGCAAUUAAAUACAUUGAUCAUCAUCUAGGAACUUUUCCUUCGCUUGGAUCACAGCAAGGCAGAAGAUGGUAUUUUUAAACCUCUCGGGACCCCAUUGUGUGCAUUUCUUUUACAUAUCCUGCCUGAUCCCCAGGGUAACCCCCAGUUAUGUGUCAGUUACCAGUUGUUUCAACUUGCCUCUGUGCCAGAACAGACACUUUGGUAACUGCAAACCCUUGGCCCAGUUACCUGAGCUCCAGAUCCUCAAAAAUCAAUGAUUUUACUGUAAAAACGUGGCCAAGCCACAACAGCUUUCCUGUUCUGUCACUGGAACAGUUACUGGCCAGUUCCCCCACCUCCCAACAAACGUUUGUUGCAGGUUGGUUGUGGUCACGCGGUGGCUGCGAUGGAGGCCGGGCAGUUUGCUGACCCAGGGUGGAACUAAAGAGCAGCACCCAGACCAGCCCUCAGAUCAGACAGCACUGCAGGCAGGAGAGCUCUAGUACCUGACAUUACACAGGUAGCUGUUUGUUUUUUUUUUCCUUUUAUGACUAGAUCUCCUCUUUUUCCCCUCAAAACAAACUCGCUCUCUACAAAAUGCUGCACAGGAAAUGAACAGAUUUUUUUUUGCUGUUUUCCAAAACUUGUAUUUAUCAGUGUCAUUCUGUCUGUACAAUAUUUCAAAUUAAUCUUUUGUUUACAGUAUUACUAUAAAAUGCUAAAACCCUUUCA